CUGGGGGGCAUUAUCAUCCCUCCAUCCUGUCUCUUAAUCCACAACUGAUGCUUCUUGUCCCGGGUUACUGAAGGCUCAGCCUCCGUCUCAGAGCUGUUCCUCUCUUCGGUGAUCAGCCUGUCGGCACACGCGUCAUGAACCCCUACAGAGUUUCGUAUCCGAACUCUCAUCCGAGCGGCGUCGCGGCAUCUUGUUCACAACCCCCUCCCCUAGAAUCGGCUUCUGAUCCUUCGUACGAUCCAUCUCCUCCAGUCAUCCAGACGGAUCGUAGUUCUGUUAUAAUUUCACACCGGGCCUCAUCAGACCACGCAGGAUGUCAAGACUCGGUCCCAUCACCGAGCACCGCACCCCAGCUUCCAGACUCAAAUCCAGAGUUCAGUGUCGGCUCCAGUCCUCAGUCUGCUCUAGCUUUAGUCUCCUCUCCAGAGCCUGCUUUCACAGAGAAUCCCUACCCUCUUCCAGGCUCUUCAUAUCAGGUCUCUGUGAUCGUCCCCUCCUCAGACCUCCACCCAUUUCCCCUCCCAGCCGAGCGCUCUGAGGAAAACUGUCCAGACCUGGAGUGCGCCAUCUGCUUCAGUCAAUUCAACAAUGUCUUCCGCUGCCCAAAGAUGCUCCAGUGCAAGCACACAUUCUGCCUGGAGUGCCUGGCACGCAUCAAUGUCAAGUCGACCGAGCCCAGCGCCAUCCAGUGCCCGCUGUGCCGCAGCUUCACGCCCUUGCCCACGCUUGGCCUUCCCAAACUGGCCACAGACUCAAACGUUUUGUCUUACCUUCCAGCUGCUAUGCAGAGAGUCUACAGCAUCCGCUUCCUCCGCAGCAAAGGGAAGCUGCAGGUCAAAAGGUCGACUGAAGGUCAACGGCGAUGGCCUCGGCAGUCACUGACGUCUCUGAGAUCCAUCAACCACUCCCUGGAUGUGGGCGUUCCCAACUCGGCACCGGAAGGUCUCGGCGAGUCCGGUCGGGCGAGCGGCUCUCUGUUCAGGCUGACGGGUCAGCCGGUUUGUCGGGCCUUCCUCCUGAUAUCUGUGGUGCUGAUGAUGAUGCUCCUGACGGGUAUAAUCGUCUUCCUCCUCACCUUCAAAAGGUCACAGUGAGUGACAUCACGUCCUGUUUUUCUUUCCCGUCAAGUUUCACUUCUUUUUGUCUGAAUCAAAGCAAAAC